UCACCGCCUGGCCGUGCACGGCCGGGACGAGGAGCGCGGCUGGGCCACCUUCGCCCUGUGGCACCGCUACCGCAGCAACGAUUCGCUGGACGUGCCCAUCAGCAUCAGCAGCGCAGAUGUCGCGGCUGUGCUGCAGUGGACACCGUCCCCACGCGCCGCCUGUCCCGGCGCGCUGGCCAAGUACCUCAUCUGCCACUCGGCCAAGGGGGACAACGAGACCUGUGAGUGGGACCCCCAUCCCCGUGGGGCAGGAGGAGGGUGCUGCCCCCAGGCAGCCGCCAGACUGCUCCACAUUCGGUUUUGUUUGCCCAGACAGUGAAGUGAACGCCACGGCAUCAAACUACACCCUUCAAAACCUCCAGCCUGGCACAGCCUACAGGGUGAGUGUGCGGGAGGUGACAGAGGACAGCGAGGGGACCUGCAGAGUUUGGUGGCACUUCCAGACCAAGGCACUGGGUCCCCAGGGAGCAGUGUGGACAGGCAAUCUGAAGUACCUGAGCAUCUCGCUGGGUCUCCCCGCCGCAGCUGCCAUCUACCACCUGACCAAAAAGAGGGUUGGCCGCCUCCUCUUCCCACCCGUUCCCCAGCCCGUGGGCACCAAAGCCAUCCAGUUCUCGGCCGGCGAGAUGAGCCAGGGCCAGCCCCGCAGAGGCCUCCUGGAACCCUCGGAGAGGUUCAAUCCAGCCGAGCUGCUGCUGCUGACGGAGCCGAAUCCCAGCGAGGAGACGACAGACACGGGCACUCAGACUGUGGUGCCGCCGCCCGACGUGGCACAGCCCGGCCCCGCGCUGGAACAGCCGGCGGCAGUGGCGGUGACCCCGCCGGGCUGUGCGGACGAGCUGCCCUUCGCCUACCGCAGGCAGGACAUGCUGAGCCCGCUGGGAUCUCCAUCCUCCGGCAGCACCAGCUGCAGCGGGCACCCACCCGCAGAGGAGGAGGAGGAGGAGGAGGAAGAGAAGGAGGAGGAGGAGGAGGAGGAGGAAGAGAAGGAGGAGGAGGGAAGGCAAGGGCUGCACCAGCCGCUGAUCCCCAUUGCCCUGCUCAUCUCCGACAAACCCAUCAUCAUCAGGGAUGGGGAAGGAUGGGAUCCCUCGCCGCAGAAGUCGGUGCCGUAGCCAUCAGCAGGCUGGAGCAGCGGGGCUGGACGGCAGGAAGGGCGCGGGGGUGUCCCACGGAAUGCGGAUUGGCUGCGUGGGAUGCUGAGUGCCCAGCCCGUGGGUGGCACCGGCACUUCCAGGGGGUUUUCUGGUUUCCAGGACACAGAAGGCGAUGCCUCUGAAUGCAGCACUGCACCGGGACAAGUUUUGGCCACGCAAUUUGCAGCCUCAACCUUUCACCGGCGAUAAAACCCGAGCGAAAGUGGCUGCAGAGUCCGGCCAGGACCGAGGGUAUUUCCAUGCCUGGGAAGAGAGGCAGAGCUCCAUCUCAGCCGGCUGCUACCUCUGGAACCACUAUCCUGGUGGAGAUGCAAAAAGCCCCAACACCAA